UCGAACGGUGGUGAUGACUGUCGCCUGCAAUUCGUUCUGCUGCCUGACCGAGCGACUGCCUGCCUUCUUGAAUUGACUUCACACUUUCUCAAUUGAAAUAGCGCCGCGUGGUGGUACUGCAUGGUGCGAAUAAAACCGUUAGAUCAUUCGUUGUCUGGCUUUGCUUCGAAGUGCACGCGAUUCUUGCGACUGAAUUUGAAAAAAAAAAAAAAAAUAAUAAACGCUAAUAAAACAAAUCACAACGUGUUAGAAAAGCGUAACAAAAUCCUGUUACAAAAAAAAACGACUUAAUUGGUGACACUAAUCCCAUGUACGCUGUCAAUGUAACGUGUAAUCAAACAACAACAAAAAUCGGAGAUUUGUUAAACAAAAAUAACAACAAUAAAUAAAAGUGAAAAUUGCGGGAGAGAGAAAAUCUCUACAAAAAGUGUGUUAAAAUUCCCAAAAGCAAAUCACAUUAAAAAUUAAAAGAAUAGGUACUUCGUUAAACUCAACCCAAAAUUUGUGCAAGUGAAUCUCUGGCAUCUUUGAUUUUCCAGUGUUUCCUGCUCGCGUGUGUGUGUGUGCCUCUCUGUAUCCAACAUUUAACGCCACAAAGUUUGAUAAUCUAAUUUGCUCUUUUAUUUGAACUCACCUGUUCGAAAGCUCAUAGAAGAGAACUCGCAGCGAAACUUCUUAAAGUGUAUCACACAUCUGGAACACACGAUUUCAAGGAUAAUUAAACCCCAACAACUUCAAAAGCGCGUGUGUGUGAAAAAUCAAAACUUUCUUUUAAAGAAACACAAAAACAACAAUCAACUUCAACGAAAGUUAAAACGGAAAGUGUUUUGUCAGUGAAAAUAGUUCGGAAAGACUUCAGUUACUCCAGCCUUUCACCAAGAACCACCAAUUCUUCGUCUACUUCCCCAAGGACUUUAAAUUUGUGCUGCAACGACGGCUGAGUUUCUUGACGAAACUCGCCAAACAAUUACUGCCAAAAUUUUCACAGACGGGAAUAAGUUGGGUCCUGCUGCCGCGGGAAGAGGCAUGUUUUGCUAUCAAUGUCCGCCUGCUUUACAUCCAUGUGGUCCACAUCCACCACGUUUGCCAACACUGGAAUAUCCUUUUGCCGCAACACAUCCAUACACCAGCUAUUCGUAUCAUCCUGCCAUACAUGAUGAAACUUUUGUGCGUCGUAAACAACGGCGAAAUCGUACAACGUUUACACUGCAACAGUUGGAGGAACUUGAGACUGCAUUUGCCCAAACUCAUUAUCCGGAUGUUUUCACACGUGAAGAUUUGGCAAUGAAAAUUAAUCUUACGGAAGCUCGUGUACAGGUUUGGUUUCAAAAUCGCCGCGCCAAAUGGCGUAAAGCGGAACGCCUCAAGGAUGAACAACGCAAGCGUGAAAAUGGCGACUGCAGCAGUGUUUCAUUGGAUAAGCUCCAUGACAGCCGUGAAUCAUCACCGGAUAUAACCGGUGAAAUGGAUGACGAUGAGCCACAUCCUCGCUCCCACAGCCCGGGACCAGGGUCGUCACACAGUCCCCAUGGCACAGGAGCUGAUUCGGACAAUGAACGCCCCCUGUCCUCGAAUCACAUGAACAGCGGCCAUUCUGGCUCCCAAUCGAUUGGAUCCAUUAGUGCUGGUUCACCCUCACCUGGGGCUCGAACGCCACGCAACCCCACAAAUAGUCCAUCAAAUUCACGCAAUACCGAUUCACCCAUUGAGGUGGGAGGCCCAAUAUCAUUGGCCACACGUUCAAGUGCCUCCUCAACGGCACCAACAACAACGACAACUCUAAAUACAGCGGCAUCGAAUCAUCAUUUCGGUACUCACAUCUUUGGCUCAUUCGGCAGUAGCAGCAGCAACAAUGCCAUGAUGGCCGCAGCGGCAGCAGGAACAAAUGCCAGCGGAGGAAAUGGCAGUGGUGGCAAUAACAAUGAAACUAAUUGUGGUUUCCGACCGGUUUUAAAUGAAGUACCGCCACCACCAACAUCCCUUGCCAGCAGUGCCUCAGCAGCAGCCGCUGCCGCCGCCGCAGCACGGGCCAAUCAUGCUCCAUCGCUGUUCUUGCCACCACAUUUGGCCUCGUUGAGCUCUCAAUUUUCACAGCAGCCACUGUUUCCCGGUUUGAAAGGCGUCCCCUCAUUCCCCGGCCUCUGCGCCUGCUGUCCCCUAAAACCGCAUCACACAGGAUCCGGUGCUCCCGGAAGCUCCAUAAACGUCUCUUGCUCUUCAACGAACAGCUCUCCCGAAUCACCACCCCAUUCGGCCCAUAGCAAUUGUGAUCCACGCUCAUCUUCGGUGGCCGAAUUGCGACGCAAAGCCCAAGAGCAUUCGGCUGCCUUACUGCAAUCUUUACACGCCGCUGCAGCUGCCGGUCUAGCAUUCCCUGGACUUCACUUACCACCGCUCUCAUUCCAUCACAGCUCUCUUAGCAAUGCCCAUGCCCAGCAUCAUCAUGCUGCAGCUGUAGCUGCGGCAAAUGUCCGACUAAAGAACGAAGCCCAGGAUAUGACUCAGAGCACCAUGAAUGGUCUGGUGGCCAAUAUGAUGCCAUCGCUGAUGGAUCAUCAUCAGUCGUCAUCGACAUCGCCGCCUUCGAGUCAUAGCACCACAACGCCACCAACAACAUAUCAAUCGCAUCAAAGUUCGCAUCAGACGCAUCAACAACAACAGCAGCAACAACAACAAAUGCAUACAGCUAGCCAAUUGUCGCCACCAACCACACCCACUCAAAUAUCGUCGAAUUCGUCGCCUAAGGAGGCUCCCUUGAACUGCACCAAUGGGGCAAUAAUAACAAAAACUGAGGGUAUUUAAGAUUCCGAGGAGUUUUAAAUUACCAAAUUGCUUAUGGUGGAGUUAGAAUAGUAAUGAGUAUAAUACGUAUUCUUUUUACCUUGUAUUGAGAAGAAGAGUAUAUAUCAAUUCCACAAUGACGGAACUGUGUUAAAAUUUAACAGUAAUCGACUUAAAUAUGAUUGUUGGUAGCAAUGUUGCAUUUCUUUCAUAUGGCUACGAGGGAAGUUAAAGAAGUCAUGGACUUAUUGAUGUUUGAAAUUUAUACUUUUUCUCCAUGAUUCCGCAAAAAUAUAAAAGUGGUGGUCGAAAAAUUUGAGACGUUUUAAAAUCGACUUUGAAUUGCUUGUAUAUAAUAACUAUAAAAAAAUCUAAAAUGACCAAUUCUUUUUUAAAUUUCCCAUUAGUUCUUCAUAAAAUUUUAUAAAUACAAUAUAUACCCAAAUAAUAUAAUAAUAUACAUAUAUAAAUAUUGAAAAAAUAGUAUAAGCUUAGUUUUAGUUUAGAGUUUUCAAAUACAUUUUUUGACCUGCUGAUAUACCAACAAAUUCGAAUUGAUGCCACAAAAGAGAAUUAUAUUGUCAAAAAUUUUAAAUUUUCUAUUUGAAACAAAUAAAAAAACAGCUAAGUUUGCCGGGUCUGAACUUUUAAUACUCUCCACGAUUUGUAAGGUCCUGGUAAAUUGCAAAAACCAUUUCAUUGAAAAAUGUCGCUAUAAUUUUAAAAAUCCGAAUAUCAAGUGAUGGGGUUAUAGGAAAACGUGGACCUUUACAUCCCAUUAUCUGCCUGCGAUGGUGUGCCAAUUUUAAAAUCCAAAAACCAUGUUUAAGAUAAUUUUGUUGAAAAAUAUAGCUAAAAUCUAUAGAUACUUUAUGUUUAUCUAGAGAUAUUACAAACAGAAUGACAAACUUAACAUCCCUCCAUACUGUGGUGGAUAAAUUUAAAACAAUCGUCAAAGUCAAAUCUCUAAAAAAUAAAUUUUAAAAUUAAUAUCCGAUCUAGAGAUCCUAAAAACAAUUGGGCACAUCAAAACAAAACUAUUUUUUUUCAAAAUGAUGUUUAAAAACGUUGGAGACUUUCUAUACCCUCAGCCAUAUGGCUACGAAGGGUAUCAUUUAGUACGGGCAAAACGUGCCUCAUCGAAAUAACGAUUUUAGGCAAUAGGCCUCUUUGACAAAAUCCAAUUCAGGACAUUUUUUGUCGAUCUAGCGAUGUCCGUCCGAUGUCUCGAAGGAAGUAUUCGUUUUAGUCCAAACUUCGUGCAUCGGAAUAUUGUUAUUAAACUUAGAUCAAGUUCGGAGAUGGGAAAUAUCGGUCCACUCCUUCUGGUACCUCCCCCAGGGCGAAAUUUCAAAGGAAAUAUUUUACUGCACAGAAAGGGAAAGCAUAAUUAAAUUUUGCUCCAACUUUGCAAAUCCUAGUAUUUGCAUCAAUGCUAGAUCAGGUGCGAAAAUUGACAGUAUCGGUUCACUCCAUCAAGUACUUCCCCCACAAAGGGUCAAAAUUUUGAAUAAUUAUAAAUCUUAUAAAAUGUGAUGUAAGUAUCCCAUCGUCUUCAAAUUACACACAUCACAAUAUUUUUAAUAACUCAUGCUGUGAAGAUGCGAUAUAUCGGUCCACUCCAUCAUGUACGUCCCCCACAAGAAGCUCAUAAAUCGUAAAAUUGAGAACCGAUUCCCUUUCAAGCUGGGGAUAUCUGAAUAUUUCCAUCAAUUCAAGAUCUGUUAUAAAGACAGUAGAGAUCGAACCAUUCCUUCUGGUACCUUCCCCACAAAGGGUCAAACUUUUGGAUAAACAAAACGAUCAUAAAAUUCGAAAUAAGCAUCCGGUUCUCUUAAUUUUUCAUACAUCCCAUUAUCUUGACUAAGACAAGAUCUGCUGUAAAUAUGGGAUAUAUCGGUCAACUACUUCUGGUACCUCCCCCACAAAGGGUAAAAUUUUGAAUAUCCAUGAAGUCCAUAAUUAUGAUCCGAUUCCUUGGGAUAUCUAAAUAUUUCCAUCAAUACAAGAUCUGUUAUAAAUAUGGUAGAGAUCGCACUAUUCCUUCUGGUACCUCCCCACAAAGGGUUAAAAGUUUGAAUAACCAAAACUAUCAUAAAAUCCGCAAUAAGCAUCAGGUCUCCUAUAAAUUUCAGACAAACCAUUGUUUUUACUAACACAAGAUCAGCUGAGAACAUGGGACAUAUUGGUCCACUCCUUCUGGUACCUCACCCACAAAGAGGUCAAAUUGUUGAAUAUCCAUGAGGCUCAUAAAACGUGAAAUUAAGAUCCGAUUUUAUUCAGACUUAGGAUAUCUCCAUCAAUACAAGAUCUGUUAUAAAGAUGGUAGAGAUCGGACCAUUCCUUCUGGUACCUUCCCCACAAAGGGUCAAAAUUUUGAAUAACCAAAAUUAUCAUUAAAUCCGAAAAAAUAUCCGGCUCUUUCGCAUCUAUUUUCCCUUGAAGAUAUCCGUCGAUCAUUUGUGGCAUAUUGUAUUUCCAAUUAAUUUAAGUAUUCAUUAAUUAAAACCAUGUUUCAUUUAUUUAUGAACUACGUCAUUUGUAAAUAAUUUAGAAUAACGAAAUAAAAAUUUGGAAAAAAGUAAAAAUAUUAUAUAAGCAUGUAUAUUUAUGUAAAGCCUUAUAUAACGAAUAUAUAACAUAUUUCAAUAACAGAAAAGAAAAUAAAAAAAAUAUAAAAGCAAAUAAUUUUAUCAUAUAUUAAAAAAAUAUAUAUAUUCUGAAUAAAUUCCAUAUAAAUUAAAAUAAAUACAUGACUUGCUAAAACCUAGAUUUUCUUGAAAUUAAUU